GAUAUGAGUGAUUGAAGAAUUGCUUCCGUACCACGAUCUUUCAUCACGUGGUACGUUUUACGAUUUAUCCUCAUCCAAUUUCACUGGAAUUCCGCAGCCUAGUCUCUCGAACCCCAGAGCUCGCCCUCGUUCAGCGCUGCGCAUCACAUUCCUCGCAGCAGAAUGUGCUCUCACACAUUGAUGCCACGGAUCCAUCUAAGGGUUUUGCUUUCGUUUUAAGUUCACCUGGUCUGAUGUGUUCCUCUAUAGUGUCAUUCGGGAGAGGAUGUUGCUUCUCAUUUACGCAACUUUGCUUGGAAUUUUCCUCAAAACAGGCUAUGCUCUCCAGAUCCAAUGUUACCAGUGUGAGGAGGUGAAAAACAAUGAAUGCUCCACACCAGAGUUCAUUGUCAACUGCACGGUCAACGUGCAGGACAUGUGUCAGAAGGAGGUACUGGUGAAGAAGGAUGGCAUAUUUUACCGCAAGUCCUGCGCCUCGUCCGGGGCAUGCCUCAUAUCCUCGUCAGGCUACCAGCAGUUCUGCACUGGAAGGAUCAACUCUGUGUGCAUCUCCUGUUGUAACACACCGCUCUGCAAUGGGCCCCGGAAGAAGAACCGCCCGGUCCCGUCGGCCGCCAACUCUUCAUUUUCCUCCCUUCUUUUUCUUCUGGUCUCCCUCACGCUGGUCUCCCUCUCUCUGACAUAGACCGAGAGGUGUCCAUUUGUCCCCUCCUCUACCCAAAGAUAACACUAGAGUAUUAUGAGAGUACAUAUAGGGUACAGUACAUAACCGUACGUAGUGUAUUGGCCACAUCAGACUCUAGUGUCGUCUUUGGAGAGGAAUCCUAUACAUAAGAGACUAUCCCAGGAGGUUGGUGGCAACUUAAUUGGGGAGAACGAGCUUGUGGUAAUGGCUGGAUCAGAAUGAGUGGAAUGGUAUCAAAGACAUCAAGCACAUGGUUUCCAGGUGUUUGAUGGCAUUCCAUUUGCUCCGUUCCGGCCAUUAUUAUGAGCCGUCCUCCCAUCAGCAGCCUCCUGUGGACUCUACAGCGUCAUCUUUGGAUCGGAUACUCAAGAGCUUAAGACUCUUUGGAAGGAUCCCCUUUUAUAAUCCUGGUGUUUUGAGUUUUUGAGAACUGAAUGCUUGCCAUUGCCUCCUUCUUCUUCGUCCCUCCCUUGCCCUCCAAUCCCCCCUUGCUUACUCUGUAGGUUCCCUAUUGGGGCCAAUGGGCACUGACCUCAUCAACGUCGGUGUUCUCCUGUUUAUAGGAAGAUCGAACACUUCAGAUCAAUACUCCUGAUGAUUAGGAGUCAGACGUGAUCAUAGUCAGUGAGUACUCAGCAGCCGUUUAGCUGUGAGAAUUGUGUUAACUCAUCAUGGAUCUGAGUGUAGAGAUGGCACUGACAGUUGAGGACAUUGAGCAGUGAGUUGUAGGGAUUUUGGAGAUAUACUUAGGUGUCUGCAUCAUUUACUACUGGUACAAGUUCUUGUUACAGUAAGUACUAACUGCAGGAUCUCAUGUCUUAUAUCAUUUGUAAGUACAGAUGUGUGAUCUUAAUUUGACCAGUUUCUCACAGCAGGAACAUAUUCCUACAGCAACAAAUCCUACUGAAAUGUGAAUUAUUGUGUGGGUUAUAAUUAAUGGACAUUUUCAUAGGGGUUGAUACAUUUUUUGUUUGGGCAAACCAACAUUUUAAAGUGGAAAAUACCACUUUAGAAGCCUUUAAAAACCUUGAAUACACUGCAAGUUUGCUUUUCCUGCUGUACAGAAAAUUCCCUGCAAAAACAGGGUGAUCAAAUUAAGAUCCUACAUCUGUAUAUACCCAAUUACUUUCUUGGACUUCAAAUAUUGCUGAAAGACACAAGGGAUUUGUUCUUAAACGUUAUAUAAAUUGACAUACACUACUGUUCAAAAGUUUGGUUCACUUAGAAAUGCCCUUGUUUUUUAAAGAAAAGCACAUUUUUUGUCCAUUAAAAUAACAUCAAAUUGAUCCGAAAUACAGUGUAGACAUU